AUGCUUCCACCGGUUCCAGCACUAGCAGACUACGGCAUUUCGCCAGACCAUGGAUUUCUUCCUCCCGAGCCACCUCUUGACGUCUUACCAGACCCCUAUUAUGCUCGGUGGGAGUGGAUGGUUUCGAAUUUACAAUCGCUCUUGCUGAGUAGGAGGAUCCGGAAUGUUGUGGACCAGAUGCCUACCUUAUCCACGUCUUACCUUCAGUCAGAAGGUGAAUGGAGAAGGGCCUAUGUUGUCCUAGGAUUCAUCCUCCACGGAUACGUCUGGGGAGGCAGCAAGCCGUCUGAAAGAGUACCCCCUCAACUCACCGCACCCCUGCUCGAGGUUUGCCAACAUUUGGAACUCCCUCCAGUUGCUACAUAUGCGGGGGUGUGUCUAUGGAACUACAAGUCUAUAUUCCCCGAGGAAGCUGCAGACGACCUCAGUAACUUGAGUUGUCUGAACACAUUCACGGGUUCAUUGGAUGAACAAUGGUUCUACCUCAUUUCUGUUGCCAUUGAGGCUCGGGGUGCGCCAUCUCUGGCGCUGGCGCUGCAAGCAAUUGCCGCAGCCCGAGCUGGAAAUAGCCUGGUGGUGACAGAAUCCCUCCAAAGGCUCGCAGAAGUCAUAGAUGAAGUAGGAACGCUGCUAGAACGUAUGUACGAGAAUUGUGAUCCGUAUGUGUUCUACCACCGGAUCCGACCCUAUCUUGCUGGCAGCAAAAACAUGGCUGAUGCCGGGCUUCCUCGUGGUCUGCUAUAUGACGACGGGAGCGCAAAGCCCGAGUAUCGUCAAUACGGAGGUGGCAGUAAUGCUCAGAGCUCCUUGAUUCAGUUUUGGGAUAUUGCUCUGGGAGUGGAACACCGACCUACUGGUGAAACCCGUUCUGAAAACAAUACGGACGACAAAGAAGGAGUUACAGGGGCACCCCGCCACGGGUUCAUCCACGAGAUGAGGUCAUAUAUGCCAGGGCCUCACCGUCGUUUCCUAGAGCAUGUAUCCACAGUGGCCAAUAUUCGGGAGUAUGUGGAGGCACGUCGUUCAGACAAAGCAUUGUGCAUUGCAUACGACGCUUGUCUUUCUAUGCUCCGGACCUUGCGGGACAAACACAUCCAGAUGGUAUCCCGCUACAUCAUCAUUCCAUCCCGCGAUGCCAAGGGCCGGGCACCUCGGUCUUCCAGUCCACGUAGGCAUGCCUCUACCACAAACUUAGCGAACACUCGCAACGGUGAUGGAAAGAAUAGAAAGCUACGAGGAACGGGGGGUACCGCUCUAAUUCCAUUCCUUAAACAAGCACGAGAUGAGACUGGCGAGCCGGCCAUCGAUGCGUGGGCUCGACGUCUUCUGAGUAAUGCACCCGCCGAAGCCAGCUUUGCAGCCCUAAGCAAAGUCGGCGAGCAUCCUGACGGUCAUCUGCAGGUUGUCGGGUUGUCGGGAACAUGGGCAGCAGACGACAGUGAAGGAGGCAUUUGCCACUGGUGA